CGCAACGGGCCGGUUCUUGGGCGGCAUUCGGCGAUGACAGUUUGAUCUCUCACGAACAGCGUAUCGCAUCCUCGUACACAACAGAGCUUUACGCGCUGCAUGGUUAGACUGGACCAAACAGCACCAUGGCACACUAAAACGGGACUUGGAAAGUUACUCAUGCCGAAUGAAGCUCAUUCUGCAUCUGGGCGGACUCACUGAACGGGAGGUUCUUCACUGCUAAAAGACUCGUCUUGGGGAUAACAAACAGCAGCGCGCCAGUAACUGAGACUAACUUUCGGCUCAUUGGCUCAAGGAGAAUAUCAGCAUUUUGUUUAUGAGUGAACCAUCAUCCGUCUAAUCACGUUCAGGGGAUCGUUGUCAACAGUUUAUGAACUAGAGGCGCUUACGCUCUGGAUUGGGAAUGUAUUUAUUGAUCUAAGUGAACGCAUGAGCGCAGAGACAGUGGAUGAAUGAACAAAAAGUCUCACUGAAAAAUCAAUAUUACUGUGCAUUGGAGUCGUAGAUUGUGCGCGCAAAGUUUUAACAUAAACUCACACUUACAACGGAGAUCAGUAAUAUCAAGCUUAUAUUAAUGUAAAGGAUUGCUGUAUUACUGAAUCGAACAAGAGCUCGUUUCAUGCGCAAAGACGCGCCCGAGACACUUCAGAAAAUUACGCGCACAACUGUGGCUGGACUGUGAGAAGCAACAUGUACCCGGCGUGCCGGACAAACGCGUUCAGUAUCUCUCCAUCUGCUGCUCUGGCAAUGUUUGGGAAUUCGGGUAAAGCGAGAAUGAGACCCUGUUGGAUUGUAAUAUUGCUGUCGGUGCUUCUACAUCUGGCUUCAGCACAAGAUGACGUUCCUCCAUACUUUAAAACAGAGCCGGUACCGAGUCAGUUGCAUCUGGAGAGGAACCGGUUGGUCCUGACCUGUAUGGCUGAAGGAAGCUGGCCUUUGGAGUUUAAAUGGAUCCACAACGACACAGAGAUCACACGGUUCUCGCUUGAGUACAGGUAUUUGAUACCAUCUUUGGACAGAUCGCAUGCUGGCUUCUACAGGUGCAUUGUGAGGAACCGAGUUGGAGCUUUGUUACAGAGGAGAACUGAAGUGCAAGUUGCAUCACGAGGAACAGCUGCUGCAAUUGAACCGAGUGCCGAGCCUCUGGUGUUUCAAGCCAAAUUCAAGUUUUACUGCCCACUGACCUCUUGCCGGAUGUUCCUGGUCAUUAUUGAAGUUCGAUUUUCUUUGGGAGAAGCCAUCACUCUGGACAAUACGCUGGUCAUCCUGUCCACUGUGGCCCCAGAUGCUGGACGAUACUAUGUGCAAGCUGUGAACGACAAGAACGGAGAAAACAAGACCGGCCAACAUAUAACACUGUCUGUGGAAAACAACAUGCCGGUUUUACGAGCAUACACACCUGUGAACAACAGGCUAUAG